AUGUCGCAUUUUCGUGACACGGUCAUCCAUCUCGUGUCUGGAGGGUUGGCCGGCACAACUGGUGCUGUGGUUACAUGUCCGUUGGAGGUUGUCAAGACUAGGUUACAGUCAUCAUCUAGAUGUGGUGCUUUGCGUUACGAUUAUUUACCUAGAAUUGCAUCUGAAGACAGCGAUGGCAGCCGCAUGAAAAGUAAAACAAUAUCGUCGCUGCAGCGACGAAAAUGUAACAUCUUGAGUGGCCGACACUCUAGCACACAAAUACUAACGUUUUCUCAAUGUGGUGUAGGCAGCCAAACGAAGAAGUCAAUGGGGCUCGUUCAGUGUCUCAGGCACAUAAUAAAAACCGAAGGCCCCAAGGCUCUGUUUAAAGGACUAGUGCCCAACAUCAUGGGCGUCGCUCCGACCAGAGCCAUAUACUUCUAUGCUUACGCGCAGUCCAAAAAGUUUUUCAACACUGUACUUAACCCGGGUACACCAAUGGUACACGUACUAUCAGCGGCCUCUGCAGGCUUUGUUACCUGUUCAACAACCAACCCUAUUUGGCUAGUCAAGACUAGGCUACAGUUAGACUUGAACAAAAACGGAAAAAGACUCACCACCGGUCAAUGCAUCAAAAAGAUUUAUAGAUCUGGAGGCAUAAAAGGUUUCUAUAAAGGUAUUACAGCUUCGUACUUUGGAAUAUCUGAAACAGUAGUGCAUUUGGUCACCUACGAAGCAAUCAAAGCGAGACUGAUAGCUGCCCGUGUUGGACUUAACGAAUCGGAAGACAACACUAAGUCAUCCAAAGACUUUCUUGGGUUUAUGAUGGCUGCAGCCAUUUCCAAGACUAUCGCUUCGUGCAUCGCUUACCCCCACGAAGUUGCUAGGACCAGACUCCGAGAGGAAGGAACCAAAUAUCGAAGUUUCUUCCAGACACUAUUAACAGUUUAUAGCGAGGAGGGUCCCAAGGGAUUGUACCGUGGUCUGACUACACAACUAUUUAAACAGAUACCUAACGCAGCCAUUAUGAUGGCAACAUACGAGGCUGCUGUUUAUUUGAUGACAAAUUAUGGUCCUAAAGAGGUUGUAUCUUACGAAGACAGCGAUGAUCGAUACGAGUGA